AUUUUGAUCACAAUGAGGGAAAUCGUACACCUGCAGGGAGGCCAGUGUGGCAACCAAAUUGGAGCCAAGUUCUGGGAAGUGAUAAGUGACGAACAUGGCAUUGACCCCUCUGGGACAUACCACGGGGACAACGACCUGCAGCUUGAGCGAAUAAAUGUGUACUUCAACGAGGCAGCAGGUGGGAAGUAUGUUCCUCGUGCAGUGCUUUUUGACUUGGAGCCAGGGACGAUGGACUCUGUGAGGUCUGGUCCAUUUGGCCAGAUCUUUAGACCAGACAGUUUCGUCUUUGGCCAGACCGGAGCAGGUAACAACUGGGCUAGAGGUCACUACACAGAGGGAGCUGAGCUGGUGGACUCUGUCUUGGAUGUGGUGAGGAAGGAGUCAGAGAACUGCGACUGCCUCCAGGGCUUCCAGCUCACACACUCGCUGGGCGGAGGCACUGGCUCUGGCAUGGGCACACUGCUUGUCAGCAAAAUCCGAGAGGAGUAUCCAGACCGCAUUAUGAACACUUUCAGUGUGGUUCCUUCACCCAAGGUCUCAGACACAGUAGUGGAACCUUACAACGCCACCCUGUCUGUCCACCAACUGGUCGAGAACACAGAUGAGACCUUCUGCAUUGAUAAUGAGGCCCUGUAUGACAUCUGCUUCCGCACACUCAAGCUCACCACACCCUGCUACAGUGACCUCAAUCAUCUUGUCUCAAGCACCAUGAGUGGUGUGACCACCUGCCUGCGCUUCCCUGGACAGCUCAAUGCUGAUCUGAGGAAACUGGCCGUUAACAUGGUUCCCUUCCCCAGACUGCACUUCUUCAUGCCAGGCUUUGCCCCCCUGACCAGUCGGGGCAGCCAGCAGUACAGAGCAUUGACAGUGCCUGAACUCACUCAGCAGAUGUUCGAUGCCAAGAAUAUGAUGGCUGCUUGUGACCCACGUCAUGGGCGCUACCUCACAGUUGCAGCCAUCUUCAGAGGCCGUCUUUCCAUGAAGGAGGUGGACGAACAGAUGUUGAACAUUCAGAACAAGAACAGCAGCUACUUUGUGGAGUGGAUCCCCAAUAACGUUAAGACGGCGGUCUGUGACAUCCCUCCCCGUGGCCUCAAAAUGUCCGCCACCUUCAUUGGUAACAGCACAGCCAUUCAAGAACUGUUCAGACGCAUCUCAGAGCAGUUCACCGCCAUGUUCCGCCGCAAGGCCUUCCUCCACUGGUACACAGGCGAGGGUAUGGAUGAGAUGGAGUUCACUGAGGCUGAGAGCAACAUGAACGACCUGAUUUCUGAGUAUCAACAGUACCAGGACGCCACUGCUGAGGAAGAGGGCGAGUUUGAUGAGGAAGGGGAAGAGGAUAUGGAAUAGACUCUUACAUGACCUGAUCUCAUAAUGCAAGAGUGUAGGGCCCAAUUAUUAAUUAUUUUAAGUCAAUAAUUUGAACAAGUAGUGAUUAAAUCGGACAAAAGAUGUUGAAGAUGAAGCUGCCAGGCAGGAACAAAAGAGCAAGGCCACAAACAGGGUUCAUAGAUGUUGUGAAGAAGGACAUGAGGACAGUUGUGAAGACACAAAGGGGAAAGGGUAAGAUGGAGGCAGAUUUCAACUUUAUGUUGUCAUAUGAUAAAUUAAACCUAAAUAAAUUAAGUUAAAUUAAACUAAAAUUAUAUGUAGAUAUGAUAGAUAUGUAGACAACUUGCUUAGCUUUAUUGCCUAACUUGGAAAAAGAAGUGACAUUCAAACCAUUUUCACAGGUUCACACCAUGCUAAUUUAGUCACUUAGUUCCACACAAUUCUGUGUUUCUGAACAUAGUAGUGUUUACAUUUGGUGUGUGAUGAUGUGUGGUAACAUCCCUGUGCUACACAAAUAGGGAUACAUUUUAUGUAACUUGAUGGAGAGAAGGCCAUAAAUUACCCCAAAGCGAUAUUAGGAGUGCUUUGGCAACAGAAGUCAUCACUCAGCCGUUUAUGAGUAUAAACAAAAGUAUUUACUUCCGUUAGCUUUUAUCGAAACAAAUGUAAGCAAUAUGUCAACUAGAAUAAUAUACAGCAUAUUUAGUGUAAACUAGGAAAAGAAACAGGUUCUUUUAGCAGCAUUCACAAAUAAACACUUGUUCAU